AUGGCCCGAGCUGGUAGGACACGUUGGCUACUCGGGAACAAACGCUGGAUCAAAAAAGAGUUCCGGUUAGAGAGUGUUAGUUAUGAUUACUGUACUCUUUGGUUGCGUCAUCAAUGCAUUGAACAAUCCUCGAUUAUCACGAUCAAUCAACCUCAAAUGAUGAUGAGCAGGAAGAUGGCCGAUUGGAGAUGGGAUGAGAGGUGGGAAAGUCCUGGAACAAGUUGGGUUGAUUGGAAAAAGUGGAGGACUGAGGGGUUGGGGGAGGCGUCAGUUUGGAGAUCGAAGCGGCAUCAAAUCCCCGGUUCCGAUCCAUUCCUCAAUAUGAGAAACCAUCUUUGGCGGGGGGGAGGAGGAGUGAUGCAGUCGAUGGCCCAAGUCGUUGUACGGACGCUAUUAUUUACGUUCUGUGGAGAGCAACCGUUGCGAACCUACGCAAGGAACAUCGUCUGUUUGGAAUGCUUGGGCCCCCUCGGAAUAAUCAACGCGGAAGAGUUGGGUUGGGUUGGGGAAGAGAUAAUGGUGGAUUAUGUUCCAGAGAGCGGUUGUUUUACACGCCCUCGACUUUGA